GCAAGCGCGCUCGUGAGCGCGCAGCUGAGGAUAAGGUUGGUUUGAGCGGACGCGCACGGAGCGGGCAGGCAGGCAGGCGGGGAAGGAAGGGUGUGACAAGUUUGUAAUCUGUUGGUUCUGGACGUGGACCUGCUAUGGCGCUGUGCGUGCGGUCACGGUAAAUGCAGCACAGUGCAAUGUGGCAUUCUUCAAGAGCUCCCUGCAGCUAGGAAACAAACCAGCGUGAUUCAGGACUGUACAGUACACGGCAGCAACGGGCACAUGGGGUCAUUUUAAACUAAAACAUUCUUUUUAAUCUCUUUGUACUCUUGGACAAUUUUCAUGAGUUUAUUCAACCUCUAAAAAUGAUCAAGAGUGAACCCAAAAGUGAGCGGGUGCUACGAAGUGCCUCACCUCACAGAAAUGCAUAUAAGUCAGACUUCCACUCAAUCAAAUGCUCCUUUGAGGGCCCAUCUGUCCCUUACUCCAAUGGAAGCAGUGAGACGAGAGGCAGACCCUCAGGGAGCCGGGUGAACAAAAUAAAAAACAUUUUCCUUCAAAUGGAUGGCCAGCAGCCUCAAGAAGGCUCAGUUGUCACCAAACCCGGGCCAGCCAAAUUCCAGCGAGGCUCCACAUCGGGUAGAUCUAGUAUGAGCAGCGUCUCCAGCAUGGAAUCCGCCACCUUGGAGACGGCCCGAAAGGUGGAGGACAUCUCGUUUGACAAAGUGGCGUUGGCUGAGAAGUUCUCUGUGACCAGAAAGCUGUUUGAAAGUGGCCUUAAGGAUCAGUUUCCAACAGAGAGAACUGCACAAGUCAGGAUCAUCAGCCGAUCUUCUGUGUGCAGUGUUUCGGACGAGGGGAGAUGUGUAAGGAAGUUAUCAGAGAAAAAAGACCAUGCUCCGUUAACAGAAGGACAGCCGGAGAGAUGGAGGAGCGAGAGUGAGACUCCACUUCGCAAGCCUGGGGUCAUGGUGAAGAAUGCAGGACCCAUAUCCCGGAGGCUGGAGAGCUUCAUGUUGGACAGCGACAGCGAGUCCCUGUCUGGUCCAUCCGUCUCAACUCGUUCACAGAGUCCAAGCAGUCAUUCCCAACCGCCGUCCUCCCCGAGAAGUGAACAUUCAGACCCACCUUCAUCCCCAGAUAGUGCCAGUUCUCCUUCGUCUUACUCGCUGUGGCCUGAAAGCCCUUCAGGCCAGGCAGUUGCAUGUUCACAUCAGUUAAGCAGCUUAACGUCACACAGUGAGCCCCAACAGCCAGUCAUUCCAGUGAACGGAGUUUGCGUGGAGGGGUCCCCUGAUUGGAGUGCCCAUAGUGCUGACCAUGCUAACGAAUCCUCUGUGUCCAUUCUUGCAACAGAACCAACUGUUCUGUUUAAGAGUGAAAAGAGCCAUCGAUUGUCUUUGGGCAGUGCUUCCGGCAGUCCUGCUGGAGAUGGAGCCGAGGAGUGUUCGGAGACCUCCAGAGGGAAGCAAGAUAAGCCCGGAGCUCCAGGUCUGGCCACGGUUAGAGCUGAGCUGGUGGUGGUCCAGAACGAGUCCUCAGAAAGUGAAGCCAACGAGGAGGAUCGCAUCGAGGAUGAUGUUUUUGAGGAAGUCACCAGCAAUCACCUUUCAGAAGGGAAGCUGAUUAGUAGCAAAGAGGUCCAAGACACGUUCCAGGAGAAGGAAUCAGGGAGGAGCCUUAGUCAAGGGGAGGAGGAAAGGAGGGAGGAACCCACUCAGGACGCAGGAGGCGAGGAUCAAGGAAGCAAAGAAAAGUUAGCUGAGGAGGAAGGUAUGCAGAAAAAGGAGGGAGAAGAGGAGGAAGAAGAAGAGGAGGAGGAGGAAGACGACAAGGGGCAAGUAGUAGAAGACCGGUAUGAGCAAGAGCAAGUGCAGCAAGAGCCAGAUCUACAGACUGAGAUGAAAGAGUGUGAACAGAAUGUGAGGGAAGUGGAGGACAGCACCAUGGAGGAUGAACGGAGGGAAAAAGAGGAGGAUGAGGAAGAAGAUGAUAUUGUGGAAGAGGCUGUUGAAGCUUUAGAGGAUGAGGAGGAUGAACAUGAAGAGAGGCAACAGCAAGUGAAUCAGGGUGGGAAAAGAUCUUUGAUAUGCGGGAUCGAGAAUGCCGCUUUCGUGGACGACCGAGAGAGUAAGCCGGAUAUGGAAUACCAGGAAAAGAGAGAGCACCAUGGGCAAGAGCCGUCCCAGGAAUAUGAGGAGCUUCCAGGCCUCUCUGAUGAGGAAGGCACCAGCCCGAGGAGGAAGGUCAGGUUCUCCACCGCUCCUAUUAAGGUGUUCUGUACGUACUCCAACGAUGAGUAUGAUCGCAGGAAUGAAGAGGUGGACCCUGUGUCUGCCUCGGCUGAGUAUGAGCUGGAGAAGAGGGUAGAGAAGAUGAACGUCUUCCCUGUGGAAAUCCAGAAAGGAGAAGAGGGGCUGGGGAUCAGCAUUAUAGGAAUGGGCGUUGGGGCUGACCAAGGCUUGGAGAAACUUGGCAUCUUUGUCAAAACCAUCACGGAGAAUGGAGCAGCCCAGCGCGAUGGCCGCAUUAAGGUAAACGAUCAGAUAGUGGAGGUGGAUGGAGUCAGUCUGGUUGGAGUCACUCAGGUGUUUGCUGCUACUGUACUGAAGAAUACCAGAGGACUUGUGAAGUUUCUGAUUGGCCGGGAGAAGCCAGGGGUGGAGAGUGAAGUGGCUCGACUGAUCAGUGAAACUCUGGAGCAAGAGAAGAGCCCUCAGAAACAGGCCCGCCAAGAAGACGAUAUACCUCAGAAUGAGGAAGAAGAGCAUGAAGAGAAGACCCUCCAGCCUCAGGAAGCUCAGGCUGAAGAGCAGAGACAACAGCACACGCAUGGAGAACAGUUAGAGCAGGAGGAGAAUCAACAGCUACUGUCUGGAGAAAAGAACAAGAGCACUGUGAAAGAGGAUAUUACAACACGGGCAGAAGAGAAGGAGCAGGAAAAAGAAGAGGAUAUGACAUUUGAUCUGACCCAGGAGGUGUUUGAGCACCUGAAAAAUCAAGGCAUCGUCCUUCCGGAGGACAUAAAUCAUACCGAGCUGGACCAAAGAUUUAAAGAGCUACAAAUGAAGCACAAUGCGACUAUAUCUGAGCUGAAGCUGAUGAAGGAAAAGCUGCGAGUGUGUGAGGCGGACCGUUUGGCCUGGGAGGCUCGAGGAGCCGCUCUGGAGAAGAGUGUGGACGAAAGCAGAGAAAGAGUGGAAAAGCUAGAGAAGUACUGGCUGGACGCUCAGGCGCUCUGCAAGGCCAUCAACCAACGGCUCAAUGAAGCUCAGAGCCAGCACGAGGCCCUGCAGCUCAAAUACGACAAGACCAAUGCACAACUGCAAGAACACAAGCAGAGGGAGGCAGAGUUUGUGAAGAGAGAGGAGGAUUUGAAGAGACGGGUGGAGGAGAGGGAGAGAGAUUACAGGAAGAGUGUGAGGAAGCUACAGGAACAGAUUGCUUGUCUAGAGGGUGGAGCAAGUUUAGGCCACCCUGAGGACUCUUGCAGCCCUGCAGGAGAGAGCCAGCAUAGCAGCCCCUCAGGAUCCUCAGACAGGAACGGUCAGACAUCAGACGACCUUCUCUAUGAUGCAGAUUUGGGGGAGGCAGUACCUCAGACGGAUCGUCUAGACUGCAGCGCAUACAGAGCCAAAGCCAGGCUGACCCAGGGGGUCCAGCGCAAGAGGCCAUCUCGAAACAAACUCAGAGAGUCUGCCAAAAGCACCCAGUCUUCCAUUCAACCACAGGAACAAGAGGGUAUUAGUGAUAACAGUACUGAAAGUAACCGAAGACACUCCUUCCUGGAGAGCCUCUCCAUACCUGUACCCUCCAUACAGUCUGAGGGCCAGAGCAGGCCAGGAGGAGGAGGUGGUGAUGUGUCGAGCUCUCCCUCGCUUCAGGGCCUCACCCCUCAAGGAGGAGGCAGCACCAGGUCCAGCCUCUCUCCUCCUAAAGACUCCUCUACUCCUCACUCCCCCUCCUCCAGCCACUCCUCGUCCAGCCUGCUUCACAACCUUCGCAACAGGAGGUACAAGAAGAAGGAAAGCAGCCAGAGCAGGAAGCUCAAAGAUGAGGAGAGUGAUAGUUCAACCACAAGAAGAUCCAAGAGAAGAUUUCCAGAUUUUGGUGGUCUGCGCAGGUCAGGUGGGAAAGGCCGGAAACAAGAGAAGGACACGCUGCGGGGCUCUGUGGGGAGCAGGGGUUCUGCAGAGCUAGUGGGUGAAUCCAGCAGAACCGUUUCUCCGUCGGACUCCGUCUCCUCCAUUCCCUCCUGCAUGCCCUUCUCCUGGUUUGGAGAUAGAGAUAGAGACAGAGAGAGGGAGCGAGAGAAGGAGCAGUCGCUGUCCAGCUACAGCCUGCCACACACUCCUUCAGAGGGACACACGGAGGACAGGGAACGACGAAAUAAGACACUGGAUGAUGAGCCUGUUCCUGUUGUGAAGCAACACGUGUGGCAAAACCGACCCCUGUCAGAGUGGACCAACCAACAGGUGUGUCACUGGUUGAUGGGCAUGAACAUGGACCAGUACAUCGCUGAGUUCACAGCAAAGAGCGUGGAUGGCAAACAGCUCAUGGAGUUGGACAGUAGUAAGCUCAAGGAGCUUGGAGUGUCUAGUCACAGAGAUCGUUCCAACAUCAAGAGGAAGCUGCGAGACAUGAAGAAGGCUCAGGAAAAGCUGGAGAAACAGCGAGCGAAGAAAGAGAAGGAGGCCGAGCGAAGCGGCGGGAGGCCGGGAAAACCUGAAUCAGCCUGCUGAAGUCGCCAUGGCAACAGACAUCUCGGUACCCCACGACCCAGCUAGUCGGGGGCUGGCAGUACGCACAGGGAAACAACACUGAUCAUUCGAGCAGUUCCAGCAGGGCAUGAUUUGUGGUCAUUGGAGAAGCUGUGUAGGUUGUAGAUGAGUGGAAGAAUACACAGACUGACCAUCACUUGAAGUCACUUCACACAGAUUCUUCUGGUGCACUCUUGCAGUUCCUCGCAGUCAGACACCUGCUGUAAAGGCCUCUGGUAUUAUUAUUAUUAUUAUUAUUAUUAUUAUUAUUAUCAUUGAUGUUUUUUUUAAUGAGCUUGCUCUUAGUUUUAUAUUUCAGGACAUAGUUAGUUCGUCCAUAGUCACUGUCGUUAGGCCUGACAGGCUUUAUAAAACAUUGGCGCAUUCUGAGGGGAAAAAACACGUGAUUGUUUGCAUUAUUACCAACAAAAACUUCAUCUCAUCUGUCACCUGCGUCAUCAGUCUGAUUAGAAGGAAUGAGGUUGUGUACAGCUUGUCUAAUCUUGCAACAUUUACCACAAAAGAACACCUCUAUGGGUGGAGCCUGGAUAGAUCAAUCACCCUGCUGUUUACAGUGGACAGGUUUUAGUUUGAUUAACGUUUCCUUUAUGAGAUACUCCUACCUUUUUCAGUGAUCCAAUGCCUUUGCUGAGGCCAUCCACACUCACCAGUAGCACUUACCAGUUGUACACACUAGAGGGCAGCAGUGUAAAUGAGCUGACUAAUAUAUCUGUUUCCAGUCUUUUUCAUCAGGGCUGGUGUUCAGGCAGUAUUUUAGAGCACGAAUGCUGAUCUGGGAUCUGUUCUUGAGACUGUAAUUACCAUAAACAGGGAUGUGGCCUGAUCCAAGAUAAGCAGUGCUAUUCGGACAUGCGCUGCAACUGUCAGUCCUGUUUUAAAGGAAUACUUCAGUCAAAAAGCUAAUGUUGCUAACAAUGAAUGAACUUGAAUACAUACAAUUUUGCAUUAUGCAAAUACAGUCAUGCCAAUAUUUGUAGCUACUUCCUUGCAUUUUUUAAAAAUAGCCUGGCAUGAUUGGUCAAGCUAAUAGGUAGAGGUGGGUAAUCCAGGUCCAAAACGUAAAAACCCUCCACAGGAUUUUUGUUCCAACUGCCUGAACACCUUUGCUGCCGGUUUGAGCAAAUUAGAGAAGUCGAGCAGUUGGAGCAAAAUCCUGGGGAGGGUUUUUACUUGUUGGAUCUGGAUUACCCACCUCUACUAGUAGGUAGUUACUAGCUUCCACUCACUGUUAACUAUGUUAGCAUGGCUCGUCAAGCUAAAUGGUAGCUAUUAAUUUCCAUUCACUGUUAGCUGUGUUAGCAUGAUUGGACAUGCCAAUUGCUAGCUACUAGUUUAGACUCACUAUUAGCCAUGUUAGAAUGUUUGGUCGAGCUAAUUGGAGGCCACUGGCUUCCAUUCAUUGUUAUCAAUGUCAGCAUGAUUGGUCAAGCUGUUAGCUUCCAUUUGUAGUUAGCCAUCUUACCAUGUUUGUUGGGCUAUUCUUUUAAACCUGACGUUGCUGCUAGUGCUCUGCACUUUAGCCUAGACACUCCUACUAACCACAGUCUAUCACUUUAAUCUAUACAACGCAUUAUAAAGCACACAAGCACACUAUGUAAAUGGAGUGUGCAUUUUUAAGAGUGCAUUUCGCCUCCUCUACUGUAAUUUUUAAAAUAUUUUUACUGUCUGCUGUACAUAAUACUUUCAUAAAUGAGUGCUGUAAAUGUAAUUGCGAUGGGAGGAGAGGUCUUCGUUGUCUUUUGUAGCUGCAAAUGGCAACGAGUGACCGUUUUACUUGUGUAAUAAUAAAUAAAAGUAUUUUACAUUAACUGCCUAUUUUUUGGUUUAAUCAGAGAAGAUUGUGCAAUGUGUGUGUGUUGCUUUUAUAUUUUAAACUGAUUUAAGUUAAAGGGAAAUACGAACAGAAUGGACUUAAAGAAGAGGGUGGAUUGAUUAUAUAUUAUGAACGAAUGUCUUAACACUUCAGCAAAAUCUGGUUCUUUUUUACAGCAAAUACAUGCUGAUUUUGUAGUCUACCAUCUGUCUGAUAUCACAGCCACCACUGAGACUUUUGAUAAGCUGGACCUGGCAAGUAAUUAAUUUCAUGACUAACAUAGUGUUUAUGAAUGAGAAUAUGCUGGACUUUUGUCUGUAAGGAAUGUGAAUAAAACAUGGCU